UCUUCUCUGGCCCCGGCUUACUGAUCGGGCCUCCUGGGUGAUGGGACCGUGAAACACAAUGGAAUUGGGGGGGUCUGGGGUUGUCCAUUGCUGAGGGAAACCAAGCAGGGGAUGUCAUGGUACAGGGACCGAAUGGGGCUCUGCCUGGCGGUCCUGGCCCGGGUCGGCCCUGAGGCCUGCCUCUCCACCCCCACCCCGGCCCACAGGCCCCUUCCGCACUGCCUGCCCACGCUAGCUGGCCCCCAGGCGAAGAGGCUGUCGGCCUCCAAGCGGAAACAGCAUUUCAUCAACCAGGCUGUGCGGAACUCAGACCUUGUGCCCAAGGCCAAGGGGCGGAAGAGCCUCCAGCGACUGGAGAACACCCAGUACCUCCUAACCCUGCUGGAGACAGAUGGGGGCACAGCCGGUCUGGACGACGGGGACCUGGCACCCCCAGCAGCACCCGGGAUCUUCGCAGAGGCCUGCAGCAAUGAGACCUACGUGGAGGUCUGGAAUGACUUCAUGAACCGCUCUGGGGAGGAGCAGGAAAGGGUUCUCCGCUACCUGGAGGAUGAGGGCAAGAGCAAGACGCGGAGGAGGGGGCCAGGCCGUGGGGAGGACCGAAGGAGAGAGGACCCGGCCUACACACCCCGUGAUUGCUUCCAGCGCAUCAGCCGGCGUCUGAGAGCCGUCCUCAAGCGGAGCCGCAUCCCCAUGGGAACGCUGGAGACCUGGGAGGAGCGGCUGCUGAGGUUUUUCUCAGUGUCUCCCCAGGCCGUGUACACGGCCAUGCUGGACAGCAGUUUCGAGAGGCUCCUGCUUCACGCUGUCUGCCAGUACAUGGACCUCAUCUCAGCCAAGCCAGGACCCAGGGGCGGCCCGGGUGCUUCUCUGCGGGAGCUGAGCGGGGCCUGAACACACAGGAGGAGG